AUGGAGUCGAUAGCCAGGAUAUCGAGUCUCAUGGAGACAGCAAGAGAGCUCACCCUCGACGCUGCUCAAGCUACGCGCAGCGUGCGCUCAAGCUCCCGACCGCUCGACCGAAGCCAGAUCCGGAAGCUUCUGGACAGCAGGAACGAGAGGGAUGUCCUGGAGGGGUUGCGGCGGGUUGUAUCGAUGAUGUAUCGCAGCAACCAAAAGACGGCCCCCUUCUUCUCCUCCGUGGUCAAGAAUGUGGCAUCCCCCAACCUCGAAAUAAAAAAGCUCGUCUACAUCUAUCUCAUCCACCAUGCGGAGCAAGAGCCAGACCUGGCCCUGCUGUCCAUCAACACCAUCCAGAAGUCGCUGUCCGAUCCGAACCCGCAGGUGCGAGCGCUGGCUCUCAGGACCAUGUCCGGGAUCCGCGUGCCGGUCAUCAGCCAGAUUGUGUCGUUGGCCAUCAAGAAGGGCAUCGCCGACAUGAGUCCGCUCGUGCGGAAAGCGGCAGCCUUGUCGAUUCCCAAAUGCUACAGGCUGGACCCCGGUCAGUCGCCACAGCUGAUUGAGUACCUUGCCGCUCUGCUAGGCGACAAGCAGUACUACGUGGCCGGCGCUGCUGUGUCGGCUUUUUUGGAGGUGUGUCCGGACAGGAUCGACCUGGUUCACCAACACUACCGAAGCCUGGUGAGAAAGGUUGUCGACAUGGACGAGUGGAGCCAGCUGGCCAUGCUCCGGCUCAUGACGUACUACGCAAGGAGGUGCUUCCCCAGGGCUGAGGAGGCGACCGCGGAAUCGCUGCCGCAGAGCAGGCUCGCCGAUGACUUUUACUCGGACUCGCCCGACGCCGGGCAACCGCGGCAAGGCAAACUCAGCAGCGACUUGCUGUUGCUGCUCAACGGCAUAAAGCCUCUCCUGCAGAGUCGGAACUCUGGCGUCGUGGUUGCAGUCACGAGGUGUUACGUUGACGUUGGGACACCAGAGUACGUCAAGCUCGCCAUCGGACCCUUGAUUGCGCUCCUGCGAGGAGCCCAAGACAUUCAGCAGCUGGCCUUGUACAACAUUGUAUCAGUUUGCCUCAUGAGGCCAGAGGACUUGGUCAAGUACGCCAGCCACUUCCUCGUCCGAGCCACGGAUUCCGCGCCGGUGUGGGAGCUCAAGCUGGAGGUGCUGACCCUCAUAUUCCCGCACAGCCCCUCGCACGUCAAGAGCCUCAUACUGAAAGAGCUGGAGCACUUUUCGCGGGGCUCGGACAAGGCCAUUGUCCGCGAAGCGGUGCGAGCCAUUGGGAGGUGCGCCCAGUCCCACGCCAAGACCGCGCCCCGAUGCCUCCGACUGUUGCUCGGCCAAAUCACCAGCUUGGACGGGCAUCUGGCAGCCGAGUCUCUGACCGUGAUCCGCCACUUGAUCCAGCAAGAUGCCGGGGGUCACGCCGGAACUGUUGUCCGUCUGGCCAAGAACCUCGACUCUGCGUCGGAUCCGCAAGCAAGGGCUACCAUCAUAUGGCUGGUCGGCGAAUUCUCGGGCUUCCAGGGCGAGGAUAACAUCGCGCCGGAUGUCUUGCGCAUCUUGCUGAAGGACUUUGCAAGCGAAUCAGAGGCCGCCAAACGGCAGAUUCUGCUCCUCGGAGCCAAGGUUUACUUGCACCACGUCAACAGGAGGAGCGAGACGGUAGAGGCAGACGGGGCGGAGCAAGGCGCCCCGAAGGAGCAGGAUGCCCAUCCCGUCGAGCGGCUCUGGGACUACCUGCUCCUCCUGGUCAGAUAUGACACGUCUUACGAACUGCGAGAUCGAGCCAGGAUGUACAAGGCGCUGCUGGGCGUUCCUCAGCUCGCGACCCUGAUGUUGCUAGCCCCGAAACCGGCUCCUCAGGCCCCGAGCCCGUCGGAAUCCAGAAAGGGUUUUCUGCUAGGGUCGUCAACACUGGUGUUGGCCGGCGGCGGCGGCAUCCAUGGCUUGAGAGGCUACGAAACCCUCCCGGAUUGGGUGGAACAGGGAAAAGAGCCAGAUGCUCGGCUCAGGGACCAAGAUGACGGCGCGUCAGCUUCAAGAUACGGCAACGAGAAGAGCGUCGCUCCAGCCGGUGAGAUGCUGGACCAGGCGGCCAGUUGGCGACCUCCUGUUGCCAAGGCGGAUGGGCUCGGCGAGACUGUGGGCACCAAAACCUUGGACGACUGGUUGGCGGAGGAGACUGAGACUGGAGAUGAAGAAACAGAAGAAGAGACUGGGGAGGAGGACGAUGAGGAAGAAACCGACGAGGAGGAGGACGAGGAGGACGAGGAGGACGAGGACGAGGACGAGGAAAGUGGCGAUGACGGGGAGGACGUUGGUCUUGUCAAGAGGUAA